AUGUUGGACAGAGAGGAGGAAGUUGGAAUGCAGAAAACAAAUGUGGAAGGAGCUCUCUCAAAUUGCUGUGCUACCCAUUCGCAGGAAUGCCAAUUGUAUAGCACUUGUUCAUCUGCACUGCAAUUAGAAAAGAAAGCGAUUAAAUUUUCUUCGUGCGACAAAUCUAAUACAGAAUCGACAUGUGCAUCAUCAGAGGAGGAACCAGUUGCUCCAGACGGUGGCUACGGAUGGGUCAUUGUUCUUGCGUCUUUCCUUAUCCAUUUUAUUUGUGAUGGGAUUUCAUUUUCAUUUGGCAUUAUGUUUUCCGAGAUUCAAGAAUACUUCAAUGUAUCAAAAACAAUGUCUGGUAUUGUUGGGUCAAUUUUUUUAUCAAUGCCUUUAUUGUCAGGGCCGCUUGCUGGAGCAUUAACCGAUAUAUAUGAUUGUCGACGUAUGACAAUUGUUGGUGGCUUGAUAGCAGCUGGUGGCGGAUUGAUAUCCUUUUUCGCCUUUAGUAUUUGGCAUUUUUUGCUUUCAUUUGCCUUCAUUACGGGCAUUGGCUUAAGCUUUUGCUUUAAUAGCGCUAUUGUUGCAGUUACUUAUUAUUUUCAAAAAAAAAGAGCCAUUGCAACGGGUAUUGCUGUCUGCGGUUCUGGCGCCGGUACUUUUGUUCUUGCACCACUCAUCGAAAUGCUGUUCGCAAAGUUUGGUUGGCAUUCUUCUCUUCUUUGUAUGGGAUUCCUUUUACUCCUUAUUGUUGGUUGUGGUUUUAUGAUUAAGGAUCUAGAGUGGCCUCAUGAUACUAUAGAAUACAAGAGAAAAAAAUUCAUUGAAAAAACUGAACGUGAAAAGUUACGGUUAGCUAUGUGGAAUGCUGGUAAUAAUUCCGGUGUCUUUACCGUGGAUUCUUCAUAUAUUGAUUCGGUUCCUCGCCGUACCGUAUCAUUGCCUUCGAUACCGACGUAUGCAAUACCCUUUCUGCAAGUUGUUCAUCAGUCUUCAAAUACACAAUCGGUAAAAACAGCUGUAAAUGAAUUGCAAAUACCGGUGCCAAAAAGUUACAGUAUGGCUGAAUUUUUGCAUGAUCCAGGAAAUGACAUAACGAAACAGCAGACACUUACUUUUGAUGUUAACUCUAGUGGACAGCUUAAUUUGAGGGUGCACGAUGUCGAAAUUGUUGCAUCAUCAGAAUCAUCUCGUCAGACUUGCUCUGAGGGAAGUUGUUACGCAGAAACUGACGAUUUAACAUCUAACCAAGGGUCUGAAGUAGAUAUUAAAUUUUCAAGGAAAACCUUCAGUGAUAGUGGCGAUAACAGUUUGAAUGACAUAGUCGGUAGCGGACAAAGCGAGCUUAUUCCUGCAAAACUUGAACGGGCAGGGAACUGUAAUUUUGUACAGGAUGCCACAAAACAACCGUUGUUAGACGACGACAUUAAGAGAGGAAAAUCGGCUACGCAAAUACUUAAAACCUCUGAUGUUAUUAUUUCUUCUUUUGCAAACCGCACUACUUGCAAUUCAUUUAUUAUGAAUCAACUGGGUGCAGCACAAGGACGAGUACCCGCAACUAAUGUGUUAAAUUUUCGAUGGAAAUUUAUGUCACUCGAUGUUGGUAUGUCCCGACGAAUACCUUCUGCUCCUGCUAUUUGUUAUCGCAGAAAACGAAGAUCAGGAACAAUUCAGUUGAAUAAAAUGUGGAAAUCAUUUCUGGAAUGGCUUUCUAAUACGAAAAUGGUAUUGAUAAUUCCUGAGUUUUCUAUUUUCCUGUUAAGUACAUUCAUUCUCUAUGUAUUCUUUGAUAUACCGUACGUCAACUUUCCUGAAUAUGCAGUGGAAGUUCAUAAUAUUACCGAAACUAAAGCGUCGUAUCUUGUAUCUAGCAUUGGUCUUACAAACAUGGUUAGCAUGUUGUUUUGUGGAAUUGUCGCCGAUUGGAGUCGAACAAGUGGAUAUGUCAUUCAAAUGUAUGGAAUAUUUAUAACUUUAGCGGGUUUAUGUGUAGCUCUUACACCGUUUGCUACUUCUUAUAUUCACUUAAUGGCACUUUGCAUUGGUUUUGGUUUCUUCAUUAGUGCGAACUACACCUUAGCAUCCGUGAUUACUCUUCAAAUCCUUUGUUUGUAUGAUUUUCAAACCGGUUAUGGAAUUCUCUGUCUUGUGGAAGGCCUUGGAAAUCUUCUCGGUCCAGCAUUAAUCGGUUUUAUUCGCGACAAUUUGACCGGUUACGAUAACAUAUUCUUGCUAGCUGGAGGAGGUGUGGUGAUUUCUGGUCUUAUGGUUGUAGCUAUUGAUAUAUUUAUGCGUACAUGUGAUAUUGAUCAUGAAAAGAAACAUUCGAUAAAACGUGAAAGAUAUAAUGGAGAUGGGGCAGUCUGUAUUAAGACGGUGAAAAACGGUGCAGUCUGUUUUGAGACGGUGAAAGACGGUGCAGCCUGUAUUAAGAUGGUGAAAAACGGUGCAGUCUGUAGUUCUCAUCAUGUGUUCGUCAACGUACCCUAA